AAACAUUCAUUCAUUCAUUAUAUUCUUCUUCUCUUGUUCACCUAAAAUGGCUUUAAUUCAUUAUUUUGUUACCAUAUUAUCAAUAAUUUUCGUUCUUGCAUCACCUUUAGUUCUAGCCGAGCCUCGAUCAGACUCGGCAGUUCUAUUGAGAGUUGACCAAUCAGGAAAAGGCGAUUUCACCAAAAUACAAGAUGCCAUUGAUUCAGUCCCGUCUGAUAAUAAAGAGCUUGUGUUUAUUUUGGUUAAGCCGGGAAUAUAUAAAGAGAAGGUUGUUGUACCAGCUGAUAAGCCCUAUAUAACUAUAAGUGGUACAAAGGCUUCUGUGACUAUUAUUACAUGGAAUGAUAGUGGUGAUAUUUUUGACUCUCCAACUUUUAGUGUUUUGGCUUCCGAUUUUGUUGGUCGUUAUCUCACCAUUCAGAACACUUAUGGGUCAGGUGGUAAAGCAGUGGCAUUGAGAGUAUCAGGAGACAAAGCAGCAUUUUAUGGGUGUAGAAUAAUUUCAGUACAAGAUACUUUACUAGAUGAUAAUGGUAGACAUUAUUACAAAAAUUGUUAUAUAGAAGGAGCCACUGAUUUCAUUUGUGGCAAUGCAGCUUCUCUAUUUGAGAAAUGCCAUAUUCAUUCGUUGGCCGAAGGAACUGGAUCAAUCACGGCGCAACGAAGGGAGUCACCGUCCGAGGAGACGGGUUUCGUUUUCUUAGGGUGCAACAUCUCCGGUGUGAGAACAGCCUUGCUCGGAAGGCCGUGGGGAUCACACUCUAGGGUUGUUUUUGCUUUUAGUUACAUUUCAAGUGCCAUAUUGCCCCAAGGUUGGGAUGAUUGGGGAAACUCGAACACGCAUAGCACGGUGUAUUAUGGGCAAUACAAAUGUUAUGGAAGGGGAUCCGGAAUGAGUAAACGUGUCCAAUAUGCGCGCAACUUUACGAGCGAAGAAGUUGAACCUUUCUUGACCCAAGACUUCAUUGGUGGCAAAGAUUGGAUCAGACCGGUUCCAACCAAAUUCACCAAAGCUACUUUCAAAACAGUUGGUGCAAAAAACUAGCUAAUCAAAAAUAUUGUGCCCUAAUAUACACAACAAAUUCUUUUAAUAUAUUGCACACAUGUCAUUACGUUGUACUAAAAAUAAAACACAACAUAUUCUUUUGUAUAAUAUAUAAGUGAUUAUUAUUAUUAUUAAGUGAAUAUUAUUUUAAUUAUUAUUGAUUUUA